AUCCUUAUAAGAUGUGUGAGAUAUAUCAGAAACAACCCGCCAAAACAACAACAAAUAUCUUGUCAAUUCUAUAACAGCAAAUACAAACAAUAGAAGCUCUUUACUAGCUUCAAUUCUUCUCUAUUCAAAGAGCUUCAAGCAAAUCCCUAUACCAUGUUUGUCAACACUUUUUGAAUCCCCAAGACAAUUUCUUAGGGGCAUGGCGGCAUCUACGGCGCUGCUGAGUAUUGCUCCCCCACAGUUCAACUCCACAAAGGUAACCCGAAAACCCCCUCUUUGUUGUUGCUCUCUAGAUUCCUCAAAUUCUGCUACUACUACUACUUCUACUGUUAGUGAAGACCGAGAUAAUACUCCCAAGAAAUUUACAUAUACAAGAGCUUCUCCAUCUUCUAGAUGGCCCCACUUGAAAUUCACGGACACCCAUCAAAAUUCACAGCCCUCCCCGUUAUCUGUUGCCGCCCCCUCUGUGAAAGAUGCUGAAUUUGAUUCGGAAAGUGAUGUGAAUGUGGGUUAUUAUGAGGGAGGAAAAAUGGAGAAGGGCGAUGAGUCUUUGAACUCAAAUGGGUUUCAAUCGAAUGAUGAAACCCAAGAGGUUUUGGGUAGACCCAGCAGGACUAAGGGGAAGAAAAUGACGAAACUUGCGCUCAAGAGGGCGAAAGAUUGGCGUCAGAGGGUACAAUUUUUGACUGAUAAUAUUUUGGGGCUGAAAUCUGAGGAGUUUGUAGCUGAUGUGCUGGAUGAAAAGAUGGUGCAAAUGACCCCUACUGAUUUUUGCUUUGUGGUGAAAUUGGUCGGUCAAUCUAGCUGGCAAAGGGCGUUGGAGGUUUAUGAAUGGUUGAAUCUUCGAAAUUGGUACUCUCCGAAUGCCCGAAUGCUUGCGACAAUACUUGCUGUGCUGGGCAAGGCUAACCAGGAAGCAUUGGCUGUGGAGAUCUUUAUGCGGGCAGAGCAAAGUAUUGGAAACACAGUUCAAGUAUAUAAUUCAAUGAUGGGUGUUUACGCUAGAAAUGGGCGGUUUUCCCGGGUUCAACAGUUACUUGAAUUAAUGCACGAGCGCGGGCUUGAGCCAGAUCUCGUGAGUUUUAAUACUUUGAUUAAUGCACGUCUCAAAUCAGGCCCUAUGACACCAAACUUGGCAAUUGAACUUCUUAAUGAAGUAAGGAGUUCGGGAAUUAAACCUGACAUAAUAACUUAUAACACUCUGAUUAGUGCUUGUUCACGCGAAUCAAAUGUUGAGGAAGCUGUAAAAGUUUUUAAUGAUAUGGAAAGUCAUGGAUGCCGACCUGAUUUGUGGACGUAUAAUGCUAUGAUUUCAGUUUUUGGGAGAUGUGGAAUGGAUGGUGAGGCUGCAAGGCUGUUCAAUGAACUGGAGGCAAAUGGCUUUUAUCCAGAUGCGGUGACAUAUAAUUCACUGCUCCAUGCAUUUGCUAGGCAGGGGAAUGUUGAGAAGGUUAAAGAAAUCUGUGAAGAGAUGGUGCACAUGGGUUUUGGGAAGGACGAAAUGACUUAUAAUACCAUCAUUGGCAUGUAUGGGAAACAGGGUCGGCAUGACCUUGCAUUGCAAGUCUAUAAUGACAUGAAGUCUUCUGGUCGAAGCCCCGAUGUAGUUACAUAUACUAUUCUUAUUGACUCAUUAGGGAAAGACAAUAAAAUGGCAGAGGCUUCAAAAGUGAUGUCUGAGAUGCUAAAUGCAGGGAUAAAGCCAACAGUGAGAACUUACAGUGCCUUGAUUUGUGGUUAUGCAAAGGCAGGUAAGAGGGUUGAUGCAGAAGAUAUGUUCAACUGCAUGGUACGUUCUGGAAUUAAACCGGAUCACUUGGCUUACACAGUGAUGCUGGACAUGAAUCUGAGGUCUGGUGAGACCAAGAAAGCAAUGCUGUUGUAUUAUGACAUGGUGCACAAUGGAUUCACUCCUGAUCUUGCUCUAUAUGAAUUUAUGCUCCGAUCUCUUGGAAGAGAAAGUGAAGAAGAAAAUAUCCAGAUUCUGAUUAAGGACUUGAAAGAAUUGGGUAAUUUGAGUCCGCAAUCCAUUUCAUCUCUACUUAUUAAGGGUGAAUGCUAUGACUUUGCAGCCAAAAUGUUGAGAUUGACCAUUUUAGAGGGUUCUGAAUUUAAUCAUGAUGACCUAUUGUCUAUUUUGGGUUCAUACAGUUCAUCUGGGAAGAUCUCAGAAGCUAUAGAGUUGCUAAAUUUUGUGAAGGAGCAUGAUAUCAGGUCCAAGAAGCUUAUAACUGAUGCCUCAAUAAUUAUUAACUGCAAAGCUCAAAAUUUGAAAGCUGCUUUGGAUGAAUACCGCGAAACAAGUAAAAGUGAUUCAUAUCAUUUCAGUUUUUCUGUGUAUGAGUCCCUCAUCAAGUGUUGUGAGGAGGCUGAACUGUUUGCUGAAGCUUCUCAGAUAUUUUCUGAUAUGAGGGCCAAGGGUGUAGAACCUUCUCGGGAUAUUUGCGGAACAAUCGCUGUCAUUUACUGCAAGAUGGGUUUUCCAGAAACAGCACAUUAUUUGAUUGAUCAGGUGGAAGCAAAUGGUAUGCCCCUUGGUGACAUCUCAUUUCAUGUAAGUCUUAUUGAGGCAUAUGGUAAGCUGAAAGUAGUUGAAAAGGCAGAGAGUGUUGUAGCAACUAUAGAACAACGGUAUGGUGUUGUGGGAAGGACGGCUUGGAAUGCAUUAAUACAAGCUUAUGCUUUAAGUGGUUUCUAUGAGAAAGCUAGAGCUGUUUUCAAUACCAUGAUGAGAAAUGGUCCAUCUCCUACAGUGGAUACCAUAAACAAUCUCAUGCAAGCAUUAAUUGUUGAUGGUAGAUUAAGCGAGCUGUAUGUUCUGAUCCAGGAACUACAAGAUAUGGGUUUUAAGAUUAGUAAGAGCUCCAUUCUUUUGAUGCUUGAGGCAUUUGCACAGGCUGGUAACGUAUUUGAAGUGAGGAAAAUUUACCACGGAAUGAGGGCUGCUGGAUAUUUACCUACCAUGCAUCUUUAUAGAGUUAUAAUUGGGUUACUGUCCAGGACUAAGCAAGUGAGGGAUGCUGAAGCCAUGCUUUAUGAAAUGGAGGAAGCUGGAUUCAAACCAGAUCUUUCAAUAUGGAAUUCAAUGCUCAAGUUAUAUACUAAGAUUGAAGAUUUCAAGAAGACAGUGCACAUAUACCAGAGAAUUCAAGAAGCUGGACUCAAACCAGAUCUGGAUACUUACAAUACUUUAAUAAUAAUGUACUGUAGAGAUCGUAGACCUCAUGAAUCUUUUUUGUUAGUGCAUGAGAUGAAAAGGCUGGGUCUGUCUCCUGAGAGAGACACCUAUAAAAGCCUAAUUGCUGCAUUUUGUAAGGAGCUGAUGCUGGAACAAGCUGAAGAACUCUUCGAAAGCCUGAGGUCAGAAGGACAUAACCUCGAUCGUUCUUUUUAUCACUUAAUGAUGAAAAUGUAUAGAAGCUCUGGAGAUCAUUCCAAGGCUGAAAAAUUAAUAGAGAAGAUGAAGGAAUCAGGGAUCGAACCAUCUGAUGCUACGAUGCAUUUGCUGAUGACUUCAUAUGGUACUUCAGGCCAUCCAAUGGAAGCUGAGAAAGUGCUGAAUAGUCUAAAGUCAAAUGGUAUAAAUCUCAGCACUCUACAAUAUGGCUCUGUUAUUGAUGCGUAUCUCAAGAGCAGAGAUUACGAUACUGGCCUUCUGAAGCUUAGGGAGAUGAUUGGGGAAGGUCUAGAACCAGAUCACAGGAUAUGGACUUGCUUUAUCCGGGCCGCUAGUUUAUGCGAAUACAUUACUGAAGCCAAAACUCUUUUAAAUGCUGUCGCUGAUGCUGGUUUUAGUCUUCCUAUCAGGUUUCUAAUAGAGAAUUCAGAGUCUUUGGUGUUGGACUUAGACCUGUACCUGGAGCAAAUUGAAGCCGCAGAGGACAAAGCAGCAUUGAAUUUUGUAAAUGCUUUGGAAGAUCUGUUAUGGGCUUUUGAACUCCGGGCCACAGCCUCAUGGGUUUUUCAGCUGGCUAUUAAAAGGAGCAUUUACCAUAAUGAUAUUUUCAGAGUGGCUGACAAGGAUUGGGGGGCCGACUUCAGGAAACUGUCUGCGGGUGCUGCUCUUGUUGGUCUCACAUUAUGGCUUGACCAUAUGCAGGAUGCAUCCUUGGAGGGCUUUCCUGAAUCUCCCAAAUCCGUCGUACUGAUUACUGGUAAAUCUGACUACAACAGAGUUUCUUUAAAUAGUACAGUGAAGGCAUACCUUUGGGAGAUGGGUUCUCCAUUUCUACCUUGUAAAACUCGGACUGGAAUACUUGUUGCAAAAGCUCAUUCCUUAAGAAUGUGGUUGAAGGAUUCCCCAUUUUGCUUAGAUCUUGAGUUGAAAAAUAGGCCUAGCCUUCUGGAGAUGAAUUCAAUGCAGCUUAUUGAAGGAUGUUUUAUUAGGCGUGGCCUUGUUCCUGCUUUCAAGGACAUUAAUGAAAGGCUUGGGCCAGUAAACCCGAGGAAGUUUGCGAGGCUUGCUUUGCUGUCAAAUGAGAAGAGGGAAAAAGUUAUUCAAGCUGACAUUGAGGGGAGAAGGGAAAAGUUAGCCAAGUUGAAGAGUACUGCUGUCACAAAGAGGAAGAAUACAAAAAGCUUCAGGAUGAACAAAUUUGUCAGGGUGUCUGGUCCUGCAAAAUGAUGGCUUUGCCUGAGAAAUUGAUGCUCUUUUUCUUUGCAGUAUCGAAAGUUCCAUUAAUCCCGAGUGAUAUAGCAUGUCAAGUUUCAGAAUAUAGUCUGAGAAACAUUCUUUUCUUAGGAUGAACGGUGUAAAUAGCUGACUGAGGAAGGAGCAUGUGGAGGUGUCAGCGUCACAGCGAAUGCAAGUUUAAUCAAGGGGAGAUCACAAAACUUCAAACAAUUCCAGAGUUGCAAAGGAAGUUCAAUCAGCUAAUCUAACAGAAUUAUACAACAGUUUUCCCUUCAGACGUUCUCUGUUGCUGUCUGAUUAAUUAAACAAUGUCCGGAACUCCUCUCAGUAAGUUUUCCCUCUGGUUCAACUUCCUCCCUUGCCCCAGCCCCCCACCUUCCAAAUAUGAUCACAAUAAUCUUCUUCAACAGAGACACUCAUUUCAUUAUUGUUAUUUAUUACAUGCAUGCUAACUUUGCUUCCAAGUCUUCUGCAAAGAUUUUGAUUCACUCAACAACUGUUCUUGUACAUUAAAGAAUUGAUUGAUUUACUUUUUCUCGCAGAGUCACUUUUAUCUAAAUUAUCAGUGUAGUUCUUGUUAACAA